AUGGUUCUCAAUAUCCUCGAAGUCUUGGGCUCCAAGUACUUUCCAACUCAAUACACACUCCACAUCGUCGCUGCUAUUGCGACUAUUUUUGCUGUGCGAACAUAUUCACAAGGCCGGGCAACAAACAGAGAAAGAGAUUUGCAUGCGAGGACUAUACUGGUCACUGGAGGCUUCACUCCUUUUGGACUGACCAUUUUACAAGAACUAGCCGAAAGAGGAGCCCAUAUAAUUGCUCUUUCACCAGAUCCAAUAGAUUCCCCAAGGGUCUCUCUAAUAGUUGAUGUGCUCCGGACAACGACGUCCAACGAACAAAUAUAUGCCGAGCAUUGUGAUUUGCUUUCUCCAGCGUCCAUCCAGUCAUUCUGCAAACACUUUUUGUCAGGCGAAGUAAAGAGAUUGGACGCUCUGCUUUUCACUCAUGAAUUUCCACACAUUGGUGCACUCCGACGCUUUAUGACCAAGCCAAAAGCGAAGGAUGAUGUAGAGAGAGAGCAACUCUCGUUAGCUUCGUUUCUGUUGAUCACGCUCCUACUUCCAUCUCUUCUCACCGCUCCUACCGAACGCGACAUUCGUAUAAUCAACGUUGUCAACCGUUUCUACGCUGCCGCUUCUGCUCCCUCAUUUUCAUCGGCAUUCUACGACUCACUUACAUCUGACGAAACUCCUCCACUGAAUUCCACAUUUCUCGCAGAAGGAACACGCUCUUUACGCACCAUCAUCCUUACCCGACAUCUGCAGCGUAUCCUGGAUGCACUGCCGGCCGCUCAGAUUCCGAAAACCGACAGUAAUAGCUCUGCAAUCCCCGUCGUGAACUCCGAUUCACAAAAAUCUAACAUCGUGGCGAUCACGGUUUCGCCUGGUAUCAGUAGAGCAGAUACUGUCGCUCGUAUACUAAAUGCAGAUUGGACGUCCACCGACGGUUAUUCGAUAAUGGGUGUUUUUCUGUACCUGCUUGCUCUACCCUUGCUCCACCUUUGCACAAAAUCCUCCGUCGCUGCGGUCCAGUCGGUAUUGCACGUCCUAUUCUUGCCGACCCCGUUCAAAUUCCUCUCUCAAACAAUCCAGAAUCAGCCCAAGGCCAAGAAUGAUAGUCUUAUUGACAAGUCCGUCACCGAGUCACCUGAAGAGGUACUCAAACCUGGUGCGUUGUACGCCGAGUGUGCUGUGGUGAGGUUAAAGGUGCCCUCUCCACCUCCGGAAGGAGUUGCGGAUGGAAAUCGAAGCGAUAAGGGAAAUGGAAAUGGAAAGGCGGCUGAGAAGGAACCGCAAACCCUGGAUCUACCGGAUGAUGGUGAAUUUGGUGGUGAGCUUGCUGGUAGGAGAGUGUGGGAAGCUUUUGAGGCUGCACUGAAAGCUUGGGAGAAAGCCAACCCGACAUUGGAAGAAUUAGAGAGAGAGGCAAAAGCAGCCGCUGAACAAGAAGUCAUUGAUGCAGAGGAGAUCUCUUCAUGA